UCGACAUCUGGAAAAGAAGAAGAAGAAGAAGCAGACGAUCCUCCCCUUUUACCCCACACCCCGUCGCCAACCCGCCCUAUCUAUCCUACCCACCACUUCGUGCCAUCCCUGCGCUCUGAACUGCCCUCAUAGCCCCCCCCGGAGAACCACGACCACCCCUAGGAAACCCCCACACCCCCACCACCACCACCACCACCUCUUGACCAGCGUUGCCAUUAAGCGAUGCGCGUUGAAUUUAGGAAGAAAUCACCUCUGCGCGUUUGAUGCAAAACAGUGCUCUUCGUUUUUUUCCCUCAGCGGUGUGGAUUUGGGUGUUUACACUUUUUUUGACGGGGUUCCAGUGGGACGAGAACAUGCGAAAUAUCCCCCCCACGACAACAGACAAGGCUGUCACUUCGUAGAUAAGUCUUUUAUUUGUACAAGCAGCUGUCACACACGCUGCGUUUGAGCCCAUGUUUGAUUUUUCCAUGCUUAAAAAUAAUCCUGACAAUGGUCUGGGAACGGACCGCCUCUCCAGACACCUAGUGAUAUUUUUCCAAGACGCGUAAGCUCCGUUUUUCGUUUUUUUAUCGAAGAGUGAAGGGACAGAUUGACGAGGAGUCACUUGACACCGACGCCGUUUGAGCCGCGGGACUUUGCGUGCGAAGUUUGGGAGACGAGGACCAAGCCGGAGAUAUCUCGGCCAGUAUCCACGGCAUUUUCGCUGCAAGUUGGGAGGUCGGCAGGUUGCGGUUGCCAUGCUGUCCUUAGACGAGCCCCUAGACCUGAAGCUCCCUCGGAGAGCCAACGGGAGGGAAAGAGGGGCGCUGUCCCCUCCCCUCUCACCGAUGCACGCCAAACGUGCUCGCCAACUCCACAUGGCGGAUGAUGGGACAGCGGUCCUAGAGCCGGCCUCACCAGCAUCUCCACACACAGGCGUGCAGGUGGUCCCUCAUGAUCGAACGGACACCCCCACCCCACCUGCAGUGGACCUGAGCAUGUCUCCCUCCUCCCGCCAUACCCCCAGUUCUCCAGAAAUGACCAACGGCAACUACGUCCCCUCGGGGGCCUUUCAGUUCUUUGUGCCAAUCGGGGCUGGGACAGGACUUCACCUGCCAUCCUCCAUGUUCAUUGGCCAUACUAGCGACAAGAGAGCCUCUCCCGACCUUUCAGCAGAUGAACAACUGGCCUGCCGCUGGAAGAAGUGCCAUCUGCUCUUUGACUCCCUACAAGACCUGGUGGACCAUGUCAAUGACUUCCACGUCAAACCUGAAAAGGACUCUGGGUACUGUUGUCACUGGGAGGGCUGCGCUCGCAAAGGGAGGGGGUUUAAUGCUAGGUACAAAAUGCUCAUCCACAUUCGCACCCACACUAACGAGAAACCCCACCGCUGUCCCACCUGCAACAAGAGCUUCUCACGCCUGGAGAACCUGAAGAUACACAACCGGUCACACACAGGUGAAAAGCCCUACAUUUGUCCUUACGAGGGUUGCAACAAGCGCUAUUCCAACUCCAGCGACCGCUUCAAACAUACGCGCACACACUACGUGGACAAGCCCUACUACUGCAAGAUGGUGGGAUGCUUGAAGCGCUACACCGACCCCAGCUCUCUCCGCAAGCACAUCAAAGCCCAUGGCCACUUUGUCGCUCAGGAGCAGGGCUCCCCAGGUGGGGUGGGGUCCUUGCUUAAAGGAAGUCAGAGUGGAGGGCUUGCGAAUGGCGGAGGGAAGGAUUCUGAAUUGUCCUACGUGAGCGGAGCCCACAUCAUCAUCCCAGGGGCGACGGCUGCUCUCCUGGGAGGCCACGCUCUGCAGGGUCUCGGCGGCGCCCUGCCGCUGUCCCCCCUCAGUCCUCGGCCCCUGGACCUCAGCACCUUGGGUUGCCCCAACUCUCCGCCAGGCAGCUUGGGAAGCACGUCCAUCCUGUCCUUCGGCGGCUCCCCGCUGGGGCUGGCCAAGUCCCCUCUGCUUUCCCCCGCGUUCCCUACCUCGGCCGUGGGCCUGCCGAUGCUGCCUCUGCUGGGGGCCACAUCCGACCGUAGGGCCCAGAGCCACCAGGCGAAGAAGGGCAGGGGAGAGGAGACCGAGAAUGAGGGGACUGGGGGGGUCUUGAACCUCUCCACGGGAGGGUCUCAUGAUCCCCUGUCCUGGGUGGUCAUACCCCCAGGCACUGUGGUGCUCAAGCCAGCUGUGGUCAAUUGAUACACUCACGGAUACACACACACACACACACAUUCCAGAAGAGCUCAGGGGGUCGGGAUGGGAGGGUCAAAACCAUAAUGAGGGUAUGGGCGGUCAAAGGUGAGAAGGAUUGGCUUGCACAAUCAAAUCCAGGCAAUGGAUUGUAGAGAGAUUUGAAAACAAAAAAAAGAAAAACAACAGAAACUCAUCAAACCCAAUCAGAAGAUGGACAGAAAAGCACCUCACGACAGAAGAAUUAAACAUACAACGCAAGUCUCUUGUACUGUUGGGGAAACUUGAGGCCCAAGAACUCUGUUCAGGAACACGUAUGGCUCUGUAUUUCUAUCUCAAAGCCUGGCAACGGGCUCCUCUUUGCUCUCUUAUUUUAUACUUUACUCAUUCCUGUUUACUGGUUCUGUGGACAAGAACCAUGGACGUGACGGUCUUAGUGCUCUGUGUUCUUACAAAAAAGUCCCGAAGUAUUUAUAUGACUGUACUUUUGACAGUGUGCCUCCAGCUUAGCAGUGAGAUACAUACACCACGAAUGACACCCUCAACGUUAGGUGCAACGUGACAGGAAGCUUCUCAGAUGAUUUUAAACGUAUAACCUAUUUUUCACAGGCCGCUGUGAUUAAUAUGAUUCAGACAAGCUUGCCAAACCAAAGCAAGUGAACUCAAGCUGUGUUGUAUUUGUGCUGCUUCAGCUCCGAGACAGGUCAAUCAGACACAGCACUUACUAGUGUCAACUGGUUGUAGUGUUGAAACCUCAGAACUGCUGCUAAUCUCUCUGCUCCUCCUCCAGCGUACCACGAACUGGGAGAGAGCACUUUUGACAAUCUGUCCCCUAAUUUUCGGGGAGGGUGACCAAGACAGACCAGCCUAGUCCACCAGAAUGUGUGCCAGGUGUGCAGACUAGGGGCUUUUUAGGCACAGAGCGAACCGAGAACACAGACAAACGGUGUUACAUCACCCGGCAACGACCAACCAUCACUUCCUCUUUCUCACAAGUGAAAUUUAAGGCACUGGUGUGUCUGACUCCCCCCUCUGGUCGGACGCGAUACGCAACAUCCUGCUUGGCAUUCACAGAACUAGCACUGUGUUUUAUUUUUUUUUGUUUUUUUUUUUUUCUCCCCGGAUUGUCCAGCUGCUUUCCCGUAAUUGAAUCAACACGGCCAGUUUGCGCAUGAAAGGGCCACUGUGGCGGUAAACACUACUGUCUUGUAUUUUUUCUUAAAGUAACCCGACCCAAAACCAGCUGUGAAAAACAGGUGGCCUUCCAGUCCAAGUACGACUUAGCCUCGACAGUUUUGUCCCGAGUUCAACAAGUUUCAUGCCGCGGCCAAAAAUACCUGGAGAGCAGCAAGCGGGAUGUUCGCUUUGUGCCACGGAGGAGGGGGGGGGGUGCGACGCACUCACUGCCACAUACAGCUGGACUGACUACGAAGCCACACUAUUGCAAACUGCCUCAUUUUACGCUGUCCCAAGGGGCAAGAAAAAAGACAAAAUAACCCUAGACUCCUGGGAAACUUCUUCUCAUGGUUCGAUUGAGCGGUCAACAUGCACUUAGCGCAAGUUAUAUCCCUUACGUGUUUUAUGAAAUGUUGCUACGGAGUAAGAAUUUUAUUUUAUGACAAUUUUCAGCAAGGGCCAAUGUUGCUGUGGGGUCUUUUCGGGCUUAUGUCGUUUAGUACUGAAGCAUGUGUGACGAGAGGUUAAGGGAGCAGGAGAUCAAGGACCGUUUCUCCUUAGAAACACAAAUAUCUUUUCACUCCAUCCCUCCUGUCCCCCAUCCGUGCAUCGCAUCAUCCCAUCGUCCCACCUUUGAGGGAAUGACACGUUCAGUUAUUGCCAUUUUUUUUAUUAUUGUUUUCUUUUGCUGUUGUUCAGACGAGACAUUUUUUUUCCGAUGUUGAAGUUGCUUCCUUGUGUCCUGCGACGGCUGCUCUGCAAUCGGCUUUCUGCUGUCAGCGAUGAGUCUUUUUCAAGGGGUUGGAGAGGAGGAGAGAGUUUUUUUUUGGGGGGUGGAGUCUUCUAGGGUAGUGGUUGCCAACCUGGUGGUUUGAGUCACCAAAGUGGUCCUAGGAUAAAUAUAAAAGGGCUGGGGUAAUUUAUUAGUCAUGCUAGGGACGUUUCUUAAAGAGUGGCCAUUGAACUAUCUUGACAAUAAUUUAAAGAUACUUAUGGUGUCUGGAGGAUGAGUUAUACCUUAGGGCUGGGCGCUGUGCCCAAAAAGUAUGUCACAGUAUUAUUCAAAAUUCUGACAAUAUCAUGGUAUUUCUUUAUUUUUCAUGCAUAAUCACAUGUUUACAACAUUCUCUACUGGUUGAGAGAGGAAUUAAUGCAGUAGACUGACUAAGGAUGGACUAUUUUACUGAGGUGAUAAGUACAUUUUGUAGAAUAAUCCCACACUAAUAGUAAAACAGGUUUGCGUGGCCCCGUGUUAGCACUGACUGCUGUUGAAGAAAUCUGGGGACAUCUACAGAUCAGAGAUUAAACAAAAAUAAAAUGUUAUCAAGAUGAAAUGAAGAAACAGGGACAAUUACGGUUUCAUCCGUUUUGACAUAUUUAUUCAAAUUUAAACCGAGACGUCUGUGACGCCAACAGCAGCGCAAACGGCUACCGUAAUAAUUGUAGUCUGUACUCAACACUUUUUUUUUCUCAUUCAUAAAAAGCUAAAAUUGGGAACACUUUCAGGGACAGGUCAUCCAAAACAAGCGUUCUCGUUCUGCCGCUUCAUUUUUCGGACUUUUCCAUCUUCACCACACCUCGCAGUGACACAUUCGCACCAUUUGUGUUAAGAAGCGCUACAUUGAAACUGGUCCGAACGUUGUGCAAUGUAUGUCAGUAUAUUAAAAAUACAGGUAUUCAGUAUGAACCGGUAUACCGCCCAGCCCUAUUAUUCUCUCAGUUUUAUAGCGCCAUGCUUUGAGAACUUUUCAUCAAAACUAUGGUUUUAUGAACAAAAAACUGUGAAACCAUUUACAUUCCAGCCUCAUCAGGACAUAGUAAAGAUCAUACGUGGAGCAAGUUGUAUCUGAGUGAUACAACACGUCGAUGUUGGCAACCCAACUCAACACGUUGCAGCCUCAUAGAUACUAGCAUGAGACUCUCAGUAAGUCUAGUAAUAGGUACAAGAGAUUUGUUUUAAGCGGCCUAAAAGGCUGGAACCACUGUUGAGUUAUGUGCACAUCAUCACACUUAUCUAUGACAAUCACAUUGGCCUAUUGCGUAUAAUUCAGAGUGUGUGCGGGUGUAAAUAUAUCUCAGUUAAGAAUCGAAACACCAAAUUAUUUUAGGUUUUUGUUUGUUUUUACAAACCUUUUUCCUUUGAUAUGACUUUUCGAAAAUAAAAAAGGCGGCAAGCAUAGCGAAGUAACUGUGAAAUGGCGGGCGGCACUGGGAGAGCGUGAGAGCAAGGAGAAAAGCUCGGCCCGACGAAUGAAUGAAUGAAUGAAUGAACAGGGGACAGGGAGAGACGAGGGCACAGGCUGCACGCCAGCAGAGGAAAGGAGGCAAGGGGAUGGCCGUGCUGCACGCCUGUCCUCCCAUCUGGGCACCUACCCUGCAAUCGGCCCUCUUAGCUCUGAAGUCACUGGCUGUGCUGUGCCCAGUGUGGCAGCCGCUCACAGGCAUACCAGCCCCGCGGAAAACUAGGCCACUGAACUCUGCCUGCCCUCGCUUUUCUGUUUUUUUUUUUUUUUUUUUUUUUGUGGGUAGAUUAAACCUGAAACGCUCAACUCCCCCACCUCCCGGCCACAAAGCUUUUUUUUUUUUUUUUUUAUACCAGGGAUUGAAAAGUAAAACUAACAAGCCACGUUCGCAGUAAACAAACACAACUCUCCCCGUUUAGGGGAUGCACUGCCAGGCUGCCCACGAGUCUGUCAGGAUUCACACAGCAUACCUGUGUUUCUAGGCUUCAUUAUCCCAGAAGAACCCCCCCUCCCUGGACAUCGGUCCCCCCUCGGCCCCCCAUCGCCACACUCACACUCACACACCCGAGGCCUCGGCUCAGGUUUGGCACCGUAAAAGAGUCUCUCGCUCCGAGUGGACAAUCCCGCCGGUGUGAUGUCAUCAGAAAACAGGUGUUAAGUAGGCUAGACACGGUUUCCAUGGCAACAGCGAAACCCACAGAUGCAGCGCCGGCACUCCUCCUCCUCCUCUUCGCUUUCCUCCCUUUUCCUCGUCUGUCUCUCCUCUGCUGGUCGAAGCCAGGGACAGAGACUCAUCGCGGCGGCAGAAACCUGAGCGACACGACACGGAUCCUACCAGGGUCCACAUUAUUUUUCAAUAAUAUUAAAUAAGCUGUAUGAUCCAUUAACCCUUUUGAGCUCAGCCUGUAAGAAAUUGCACUUUUUUUUUCUUCUCCUCCUCCUCCUCCUCUUCCUCCCCCUCAUAGCGUGUGUAGAUAUGGGGAUGCUGUCACAUCUUUUCUUAGCGUUGAGCGUAAUUCAUCUUUUUUUUCUUUAAUUUUUUGGAGGGGAACCAUGAAUAAUGUUAAAAAUCAGUCAAAAUGAAUUUAAAGUCUUAUUUUAUUUUUUUUUGAUACGAUUGGUACGGGCUCCUUGAGUUUUUUUAAAGUAACCCUCACUUCGCGUUAGGAAAAGUGAAAUCCAGCAGGGCACAAAGCCGUUAGCUAGGUAGGUCAGUGUCAUAGUAAAGGGGUGCCAUUGACUGAAGUGCCACAGUGUUGCACAAAGGGUUAAUGAUAAGACUAAGGCCACGCAAGGCCUGUUCCAAGUUAUGUUUUUGCACAUUUGUGAGAUGUUAUGUCAGUAUUUUAAUUUUUCCAAGUGCCUUUCUAUUAUAGGUAAAUAUAGAAGCUAUACACUAUAUGAAAAAAAAAAAGAAAUAAAUAAAGAUUAUAUGAAAGUAUAUUUUUUUUUUCUCCUGGCAUCAUGUUCUGUGGUUGAACAUGCAGAAUUUUAGAGUUGUAAAAGUCUUCAAUUGGUACAACAUAGCGGUGUUCUCCUGUUUUAGAGGAAUUUAUUACGAUAUUGAUAAUAAUGUCAAUGAAAACAAACAAAAAAAAAAAUGUUUAAUAAAGCUGCAUUUGAUA